AUGGCGACCGUUGUGGUGCAGCAGCAAACGCUGCGGCAUUCGACUCCUCCACCUACGGGAAUUUCCCCGGCAUUGAGCCUCAACCGGAACUCAUCCCCAAUCCCCAAUAAACAUUUGCCGGUGUGCCCGACUGGUCCAUCACCUGUCACCUCCCAGACCUCGUCUCCUGCAGCUAGAACUGAGAAUGGCGACCAAACAUCCUCGCUGCUCUAUCCGCCAGAUGCCUUCAUGCAAAUCUCGGAUUCUCCUCGGUUCUAUGCCCUUGAGCCCCAGCCGCUGGCUGCUGCCCUUGAAUAUCAGGCGUCUCUGCCGUUGCCGGAUCCCAGCCAAGUCUUCCCGUGGUUGCAUGGACUUCACCCCGAGAACCAUCUGCAGCUGGGGUUCUUCACCAACCGAAAGCGCUCUCUUCGACGCACCCCGAACUGCUGGCGUGGUAUUACCAUCGUGAAAGUUGGGGGCGAUUUGAGUAGGGCCAGGCUCAAGGGGGCCGUAUCUCCUGCAGAGGUUCUUGCGCCGUCGGGGUUCGACUUCAUCCCCGUGGAUCCCCGCGAGGGAUUUUCAGUGCGAAACUUUCAGAUUCAGACUGCGAAGCUGGCGCCAUUGUCUGACAUUGUUGUCUAUGGCGACGAAGAUGUCAGUUACAGACAGCUUCUAGAUGCCGCCGAACAAUUUGUAUCCGCUCAGACCCGCUGGAGGGAACAAGCUGAUCCAAAUUAUACAUUGCCGGUGUAUAAUACUUUUGUUCUGUCCUGCCCGUUCUCAGAACUUGAGCAGUCGACGCCAAGCUUGGUCGCAGUCAAUUCUCGAGGCCAGCUGACAGGGCAGGUCAUGGAUUUCUUUCAAUGGGAACGACUGGAGAUGUGUGAAAUGUCGCGUGCUUCGGAGUUCUCCCCGAACGUUUGGCAAGGCCCGACUCCGGAUUUUCUACUGAGACCUGGUUCUUGCGACCCUACACCUGGCGACAAGUUUGAUCUGUUAAUCGAGACGAGCGAUCAUGCGAGCAUCCCGGGUCCCCGGUAUCUAGCUCGGCUAAACAAGCAGCUUAACGAAGCCCCCCAGCGAUUGGAAUUUCCUUCCUCGGGAUCAAUCCUAUUGCCAGCGGGAGAGAACAGGGAGGUGGAUGACCUUGUGAGCACGAUUCGAUGGAUUUACUAUCUGGCAAAUCCAGAAGGGCCCGCCCAUCAAACAGAUUCUGAUGGGGACAUUCAUAUGACCUCCCAUCCAAAAGGAUCACGCCGGGUUCUUAUGCAUUGCCCAGAUGGUUAUACUGAGAGCUCUUUACUAGUCAUCGCAUACCUAAUGUUCGCAGAAGGCAUACCAGCGCAUGACGCUUGGCUUAGACUCCAUCGCGAUAAGAAGCGCAACUUCUUUGCUUAUCCCUCCGAUGUCACCUUCCUAACAAAUGUGGAACCGAGGUUGCUGCGCGAAAGUCCUGCAACGCGAUCCCACAACCUGAAUAUAUCUCCUGCUCCCGCAUGGUUUGACCACUGCGAUGGUUCCCUCCCGAGUCGCAUUUUGCCAUACAUGUACCUUGGAAACCUAGCCCAUGCCAACAACCCCGAAAUGCUUUGGCAACUAGGCAUUCGACGCGUGCUAAGUAUCGGUGAAUCCGUUACUUGGGAUGACCCAGAUAUUGCCAAAAUCGGCGCAGAGAACAUCAUGCACAUCACUCGGGUUCAAGACAAUGGCAUAGAUCCGUUGACGCAGGAAUUCGAUCGGUGUCUUGAUUUCAUUCGCAAAGGAAAGCACGACGGGGCAGCUACAUUGGUGCACUGUCGUGUGGGAGUUUCGCGAUCCGCUACUAUUUGCAUCGCUGAAGUUAUGGCUUCCUUGGGUCUAUCCUUCCCUAGAGCAUACUGCUUUGUUCGAGCAAGACGGCUCAAUGUUAUCAUCCAGCCCCAUUUGCGUUUUGUCUAUGAGCUCCUUAAAUGGGAAGAAUUGCAGCUGCGCAAGAACAACAAACACGUGAAAAGAGAACUAGAAUGGACCACUGUGGCCCGUGAGAUUGCGCUCAUGAACAAACCCUACUCAAGGUAG